AUGCUCGUCUGUGGACUGCGACUCUCCCUUCCCUUCAUUUCUCUUCCUCACUAUCCCUCGCGCCGUCCCAGCACACGCAUCCUUCGAGCGCCACCCACCUCGUACUUUUGCAACAACAGGGAAUGCACACACGCGAACUCGCCACAGGCCGCGUCCGGAAGGUUCGUUUGCCAGGGCACGCUAGCACACGGGACCAAGUGCAAGGGUACAUAUCGCGUGUCGCGCUGGGACGCGCGCACUUACGAGCGCUCGGUGCGUGCGCGCUGGGCCGCCGAGGAUAUGCAGCGCGCGGCUCGCUCACGGCCUGCGGGGGAGGGCGAGAAGUCGUCGGAGGGCGGCUGCGGGGACGAGCGGCGUGACGAUAGCGUGGUGGAGCAAGAACGACCUGAUGCUGUCUCGGAGCACAGAGAAGAACGCCGCCGCAUUCGCGAGGUCCUGGACGCGUGGUACCGCGGCGACGACGCGUUCCUUGUCGCCUAUGUGAAGUCAGUCGGACGGUCGUGGAUGAUGUCCGGAGGGCAGAAGCGGCUCUGGCUCGGACACAUUCAGGAACUGACAGAGCGCGAGGCGGACCUGACGGCAUGGCUUACCAAGGUCGACGCGUCUUGUGCGGGCGAAGAACCGUGGUCGCCGUGAGUGGUGCUUCUUUAGGCGUUUGCGAAGUAUAACUUACUCGUUCAGCAGACCAUAUUUCAUGCCUCCAAUGAAGCACACGUCACUGCCAUCUGGUGGAAAGUGUUGAACAGCGGCUGGACCGUUACCCUCUCGUUCGGAUUUGUGUCGUCACCGCUGUCACGCCAAGGUUGUGUUUACCGCGCACUGACCCUGAUGUCACUAUUACCGUCAUAUUAGCAUGCGCACAC